AUGGUUAGAUUAAUGAUGAGUUUGCAACUCUACCUAUGUCAUUUUGGGGAUAUGCACUGGAAACACCAGCAUACGUUCUUAAACUUAGUUCCUUCUAAGUCGGUUCCCAAGACUCUCCUAGAAUUAUGGAAUGGGCGCAAGCUUAGCUUACAUUAUAUUCAAAUUUGGGGAUGUCCGGCUCAUGUGCUGAAAGGGAAGACAGAGAAGUUGGAGUCUAAAUCAGAGAUAUGCCUAUUUGUGCGAUACCCCAAAGGUACCAGGGGAUAUUAUUUUUAUAGUCCUCUAGAUAGGAAAGUCUUUGUUAGCACAAAUGCCACUUUCCUAGAGGAUAAGUAUAUUAAUGAACAUCAGUUCAAAAGUAAGGUUGUGUUGGAAGAAAUGAGUGGGAGCAAUUCUACCUCAUCGAUUCCUGAAACACAAUCUCAUAACAGACAACCCUUGGUGUUAGAUAUACCUAAACAAUGUGUUUUGAGUGGGAGAGAUGAGUCAUCCAAUUCCAUGGAUCAAGUAAACGUUGAAGGUAUUGAGGAGGAUCCACCGUCCCUUAGACAAAGUCAGAGGGUUAUCAGACCACCUUUUAUGUACUUGUUAGUUGGAGAGUCCAAUAAGGUGAUCUCCACAGCACAAGUUGAUGACCUGACUUCAUAUAAGGAGGCCAUGAAUGAUGUGGAUGCAGAUUUAUCGCAACAAGCUAUUAAUACUGAAAUGGAAUCUAUGCAUUCCAAUCAGGUCUGGAAACUUGUAGAUGCACCAGAAGGGAUAAAACACAUCGGCUCAUUUUGA